UCAUCUCAGUAAGCAGUAUGUGGAGUCCACACCCAGCCUGCCUGCCUCUCGCACUCGUCCUGUGACGCCCCGCGGGAAUAUUGGUAGCAGAAUAAGCGCCAUAGCCACCGGGAUACAUACAGGAGAGAAACCAUUUGCUUCCAUUGGAUUGACAGCCUAGUGCAGUGCAAGUGAAAUUUGAUUUUUGAAUUAAAAGAUACAUAUUGUGGUGACAUUAAUUUACAAGCACAUUGUAUGGAAUUGUUUUUAGCAUACUUGUGUUAACUUUUAAGUGUUUAGGACUCAAAGAACAACUAUUAAGUGACUAUACAGUCGUUGAUAUCAUGAUCGAGUAUUCAUACAGUGUAUCAUGAGUAUUCAUAGUGUAUCAUGAGUAUUCAUUCAGUAGAGCCUAGAACUUUGCCCAACAUAGUAUAGUACAGGCCUGUGUUGUGUGCCACAGCCUAUCACAGGACCACAGCAUUAAAGCUUACAUCUGAGCACCAAAACUGAGAGCGUAGCACCAGAGCCUAGCCGUGCGCCUCGCCUGUCCUUCAGUGGUGUAUAAACAUUAGGCUUGUUAAUGUGUACAAGUGUGUGUACGCCCUCGGGGUUGGCUGUGGGCGUGGGGCAAGAGACUCGUGUUACCGGCAGCCGCCUCAUAUACUUGCACACACAUGCAUACACACGUACACUCAUACGCAACCACACAUUAGCGAACUCUUAUUCAUACGUACUCACAUUCACUUGAACGCACACAUUAGCGUACUCUUAUUCAUUCGCACUCACACUCGCUGAACGCACACAUUCCACGCACACAAAUAACUCGCUUGAAACACGCAUACAUAUUGAGAAAGAAAAGCACACACGUCCCACUCUCAAGGGAAAUUGCGAGUGAAGAAGCGAGCCCAGGAGCUAAGUCUUCACAACCGCAAGCAACUUUAGUGUUAAGGUAGCACCCAGACAAUUCUAACCCAACAUAGCGGUGUUAAAAGCCUAUAGUGGCGAUACGACACUUUUCUCAUAAACAUCAAAACAGCUUCCCACUAACACAAAUGUUGUUCUGCACGAUAUAAACAUCCGGGGAGUCCCUCAACACAAAAAGCCUAACCUCCCCACCUCGAAAACAAGGAAUAAUCGCUACCAAUAUAAGUUCAUUAGGAAGGAAGGCUUUUCAACGGGCGGGAGAUAAACAGGUGGAGACAUAUGGUGGCUUGAUACACACUUAUAUAUACCUCCAUCACAUCUAUAUACCUCUAUACCCCUCUCUCCUCUACCUCUAUCGCCUCUCUCCACUACCACCAUCACCUCUCUCCACUACCACCACACAACCUCCACUACCACCACUGCAACCUACAUCGUUGCCAAAAUCUUUAAGGAAACGUCCAGUUGGUCUCUCUAACUACCACCGGAACUCAUUUUCUCCAACACCACAACCAGUACAACCCCGGGCCCUAUACCAUCCACCACACCAUCCCCGCCACAAACACCCCACCACAACCACCCCACCACAACCACCCCACCACAAACACUCCACCACAAUCACCCUACCACAAACACUCCAUCACCACAACCAUCGCCAUGAAGACUCGACCAAGCAUGAGAGUGGCCUUCGCCCCGCUCCCGCUGGAGGAGGAGGACACAGAGGCAGCUGCGGCUCUGAACCAGGACGCCGACCACCACAACUGGAGCCCCUCCACUACAGUCAAGCCCUGCAGCUUCACCUACUGGAGCGAGCUGGUGAUUUGGUGUUCAAUAAUCUUCUAUGUGGCCGACCUGUGCCUGGACCUGUGGGUGUGUGCUGCACACUUCGAAGCCCUCCGUCCCCAGUCUGCCUGGUUCAUCUUCUUCUGCAUCCUCUUGCCUAACUUGUACGCCGGAUACAAGUCCCUUCAAUGGUACUUGCGGGCCCACGAGCUCUUCCCCAUCAGGAGGCCAUCGGUGUGGAUUGUCCGCAUCCUCUUCUUCCCCAUCAGUCCCAUCCUCAGAUAUUUGGAUGCAUGGCGGUAUGGUCGGCGUGCACGGCAGCACUGGCGUAACCACAACUUGCCACAGGAGCGUAAAAGCUUCGAGAAGUACCUGGUGGAGAAUGCUGAAGUGGCCCUCCUGCGGCUAGUCAUCAUCUUCCUCGAAGAUGCCCCCAUAGUUGUCCUUAACUUGGCUCAGCUGCUGCAGACCCCUCCCGUCCAGUGGACCAAGAUAUCUGAGGGCAAGGCAGACCCAGAGAUUGUACGUCUAGGGUCGGUGCUAGCCAAGCUGUUGUGUACCAUGACACUGGGGGUUGUGCAUUACAUGUCGUGCAACAAGUUAGCGUGGCAUCUAGCCAACACUCACAACAAGAAGUCUCAGGACUCGGAUGUUCACUCGACCAAGGAUGAAUGGGAGAGCAAGGGCAGGCUGUCUUGGGCUGCUGAGUUGGCCAUAUAUUGCUGGCAACUGCUAGCUAUCACAUCCCGAGUGGUGGCAUACGCUCUCUUCUGGGUGGUGCACUUCAGCUUACUCUGGGUACCAAUUCUAAUUCGCUGGACAAUUCACACACUCUGGAUCUACUUUGAUGUUGCCGAGAUGUCACUUAUCAACUCCGUUGCCUUCGGGGGAGUCUACCUCUUCUCCUUCGUUACAACUUCGCCUGGACGUCAGAUCUUGCGUAUCACGCUCUACUAUGUGAUAACUUUUGGGGAGCAUAUAAUCAUUGCUAUUUUCUGGCACUACGGCGCUCCCGAUAAUUACUUCCACAACUACGGCAUUGGUGUGAUGUUUGGGGGAACUGCGGGAGGUGUGUUGUUCUUGACGUUGUAUUACAGCUGUUGUCACCCUGACCAGGACAGCAUCUGGGCACGGCAGAAGUGGGCAGAAGCACAGAAACGCUUAAGAGAAUUCACAGAAAGAAGAGAACAAAGGUCACCCAACCAAACUGAAACACCAUAACUAAACGUAACGAUAAAUAAUUAUGAAGUAUGUGGGAAUAUGUGCAAUAAUUACUGUAAAAACUCUUCCCUUAUCUGAAAUAUAUAGGGGUAAGCCCAGUCCAAACAUUGAUUGUUUUUCCUGUAAAUAAGACAAAUGAUUGGACUGGACUGUAUUACUCCUUCAAAUAAACUGUUACAUUAGCAUCACUUUAUUUGAAGGAGACAACGUGUUCGUGAAGUACUCAAUGCCCCCUUACUCUCUCGUUCACAAUAAUUACUUAAUAUCUCGUGUCUUUUACAGUACUGUACUAUCACUUUAACAUUCAUAUUUUAUCAAACUACUAUAUACUGAAUAGAAUAUAUAUAUUAUUUAAAUAUUUACAGAAAUGCAGAACAAAUUAACAAAAUUUUGGAUGAGAGUUCUAGAUACACAGUCCAGGUACGAGAAACAACAAACAGGGCGGAAUUUACUGUAUAGAGAAACAAGAUGCCCUAAUUCUGGUCAUAUUUUAGCUAUUUUAUUAGUUUCUUUAUAUUAUAUAAUUAUAGGUAACUAUAUGUAUUUGUCAAAUUAUUUAAGAUCCUGCCUGCUUAACCUUUACACCACUACCCCAGUCGCUUGUGAGCGAUUGACCCAUAUGCUUCAAUGGCCUGGAGAUGAUUUAAGGUGGUCCCAUUUUAUUCAAAAGCCCCACCUAUUCUAGGGGAAUGUCAUUUGAUACUAAAGACCUCUGUCGAUUGUUUGCCAUAUUAGUCCCAUAGUUUCCUUCCAGUACCCUAGUCAAAUGAUGUGGGCCAUGUCUGGAGCAUCACCCUCCAGUGACCGCAUGCACAGGCCAGCCAUGCUAACCACUGAACUUUUACCAAGAGCAAAUAUGUGUGUAAUUUUAUACACACAUCUGUGUACAUAUGUAUAUAUUUCCAAAAUGAUUGAAUAUGAAUACAACUACCGACACAUCAGUACAACAUAAAAGCGAGAAACGAUGAAAAUAAAUGAACCAUGUUAAUCUCGUGAGCACCUCACCUCAAUCCAUAUAUCUCCACACCACUACAGCUAAACCACAACAGGCAGAUACUUUUUAGAUGGAUUUUCAUUUUUCCUGGACGCUAAUUAAAGUGCCAAACGAAACAUUUAUUAGAUUAUUUUUUGCAAGACAGAUAAGGCAUCAAAAUAGCCUAAGUAGUUAGGGAGUUAAAGACAUACUGCAUUUAUUUGGAAGUGUUGCUGGCUGUUAAAAAUAAUUAUAAUUGGCAGAAAUCUUCAUCAAUGAAGAAUUCUUAUUUUUUUCAGAUGAACAAUAUUAUAUGAGGUUGUAUGAAUACUGUAUAGCUGUUGUUUCAGUAAUUAUUAUGUUUCUAAGGACUACACAUACUUCCCAGGAUUAUAUUCCCUGGAACUACAUGCUCUUCCUGGAUUAUUCUCCUUCGGACUACUGUAUAUGCACGUCCAGGGAUUAUACAACUCGGAACUAUACACUCAUCCAAGGAUUUUAUUCCUUGAGACUACAUGCAAUUUUUUAUUACAAAUACAAAUGGUCUCACCAGAUGAUAAAUAUACCAGAAAUAUCUUUUGCCUAGCAUUUUGAAGGAUUAUUGCCAGUCAGUAAAUAUGUAAUAAAGGAGAAAAUGGAGAAAUCUUCUUAUGCUUUUUAUGCCUAAAAUAUAUAAAUAAAGCCUAGUCAAAUGCCUUAAGUAAAAAGUUAUGUGUUUAUUUAGCAUUUAUAAGUGCCUUGUCCCCUUUAUGACUUGUGGCUCUACUGUUUAUAUACUGUGUUUCCUUUUUACCGCUACUGUGCUCUUUUUUUUUAAUACUUAUAGGUAUGCUCACUAUAUCAUAUUCAUAAAUAGUAUAUUUAUAGGUAUGCUCACUAUAUCAUAUUCAUAAAUAGUGUACCAAUAGUCACACAAGAUUAGGUAUACAGUAAGGAUGAUAAUGUACAUUAUCUUUCACAGUAUUAUUUACAACUUUGAUGUGUAGGAUGUAUGCCAGUCAAGUUACGUUUUAACACUGCAACACAAAAUGCAAUAUUUUGAGGAAUAUUUUAAAGCUCAACCUCAGGAAUACAGUGGCUGUGCUAUUUAUACCAGUACUAAAUUUUUUUUUACAAAGACAACUUGGUGAACAUUAACACUGACGACUUAUGGUGAACCCCAUUAGCGUCUCAUUCUCAUUAUCUAUAUCUAUCACUCUCUCUCUCUCUCUCUCUCUCUUGAGAGAGAGAGAGAGAUAUAGAGUGAUAGAUAAUCUAAUAAUCUCGGUAGAGAACUAAAAAUUGGUGUCAUGAACAAUAUGCCACAAUGGAAAUACAGUAGCUAAUUAUUAUGUACUUUUGUUUUCAUGUGAACAUAAUAAAUUUCUGUAAUGAGUUUUGGUAAAGCAUUCAAAGAUUGGAAAAAAGGCUACAUAUAAAAAUCACAUUAUUAUUAUUAUUAUUCAGUAAAUAAACCUCCUUUGCCAUUUAAAAUGUUAUUAAAUUAAAGGUCUGUAAUAAAUACAUUUCAGGAAAGCAUAAUAUAAAUAUUUAGUUAAGUUCAAUUUUAUGAAAUUGGUACUAGAAUUAAUUUCGAUAAAUGUGAUAAACAACGACUUUAUGAAACACGCACAUGAAGAACAAUCACAAUACUGUACCAUACAAGAUCUAGACGAUUUGGGAUCGGCCAUGAAUGUUUGCGAUAGAUAGAUUUAUUUUAUACAAAAGUUUUAUACAAAGUUGUAUUGUGUUCUUUCUUAUUUAACCACAUGAAAAUAUGCUUUUUUUUUUUUUAGGUUCUUGAAAUUUUCAGGAUGUUAUUUUGAUGACCCAAGCUUUCAAAAUGUAUUGCGGGUGCCUUAAACUUUCAAUAAGUAUUCAAUAAGUAUUCUUCAAACUUUGAAGUAUUCAAAAUGCAUCUUGAAACUUUCCUGAUGUAUUUUCCAAAUAGUUUUUCCAUAAUCAGACACACUGCAUAAAUUCUCAUUCUUUUUCUUUAAGUUUACCCUUGAAUUGUUACUCGAAUAUUUAUAUUGAAUGUUCCUGUAUAAAAACACAGCAUUGCUUUCAGUGUUUACUGAAUAAGAUAAACAAAUUUGUAUACAAUAAAGAUUUUAUACAAAA